AUGGCUAAAGCGAACUCUCUAUCGGCUACGCUAGAUCAGAAGAUUUAUGACUUUAUUCAUGCUUUACUAGAGGAAAAAACGGCAAAGAAUAGGAAAAAUUCUUCAGCGGAAGAACGAGAUGACCCAUUAGCAGGUAUAGCGCUAGCCAAGGAUUUAACGGUAGCAGAGAUUGUUCAAUAUGUUCAGCUUAAAGAUUUUCAAUUGAGACGUAUGAAGAAAGUAGCGUUGGAAAAGUCAAUCACUUCAGUGUUGGAUAUAGUAAGAAGUGAUGAAGUAGCCGAGUUAGGGGAAUUGAUUUCACAAAGAAAUGAAAAUAUAGAUAGUGAUUUCGACGGAGUAUCUGAAAGUGAUCUAAUGGAAGUCAAAGAUACUAACGAAUUAAAUAAAUCAGUAGUUUCACUUUGGAAUAUUAAUGAUAAAGAAAAUGGUAAUACAAAGGAACAGGCGACUGAUGAACCAACAACAGUUGCAACUAACAAUGAUAAGUUAACGGAUGAAGACAAGAGGAUACCGAAGAAAAGAACAAAAGAUUCAACCAAACAAAUCAUUAAAAAGCAGAAGUCAAAGAUUGAUCACACACCUCCAACGUCCACUUUAUCAUCAUUGGGAGGGUUAGAGAACAUUACUACUCAAUUAAUGGAAUUGAUCGGUUUACCAAUAUUGCAUCCAGAAAUAUAUCAAUCAACAGGUGUUGAACCUCCUCGCGGGGUCCUUUUAUAUGGACCACCAGGUUGUGGUAAGACAACAAUUGCUAACGCCUUAGCUGGUGAAUUACAAGUCCCUUUCAUUAAUGUCUCUGCGCCUUCUAUUGUUGCUGGUGUCUCAGGGGAAUCAGAAAAGAAGUUAAGAGAUUUGUUUGAAGAAGCUAAAUCAAUAGCCCCCUGUUUAAUAUUUAUGGAUGAAAUCGAUGCUAUUACUCCAAAGAGAGAUGGGGGUGCACAAAGAGAAAUGGAAAGAAGAAUUGUCGCUCAAUUAUUAACAUUAAUGGAUGAAUUAACUUUGGAAAAGACAGGCGGUGCGCCAGUAAUAGUCAUUGGUGCAACUAAUAGACCAGAUUCAUUGGAUUCUGCCUUAAGAAGAGCUGGGCGUUUUGAUAGAGAAAUUUGUUUGAAUGUACCUAACGAAGACCAAAGAGCUUCUAUUCUUAUGACAAUGACUAAGAAUAUUAAAAUAGAAGGUGGCGAUUCAUUUAACUUCCGAGAAUUAGCUAAAAUGACUCCAGGGUAUGUUGGUGCAGAUUUAAAGAGUUUAGUGACAGCUGCAGGUAUAGCGGCUAUCAAGAGAAUUUUUGAAAGCUUAAGCGAACAAGAAGAGGAAUUGCUUGCAAGAGCUAUAACUACUGAUUCAAUGGAUGUUGAUUCAAAUACUGCAUUAGUACCAACUGAAGAGUCUGAAAUUAACUUUAAAGAAAAGAAUGAUUUGGAAAAAUUAUCAACAAUUCAAAAGUUCUUAAUAAAACAUCCUAAUCCUUUAACUGAUCAACAAUUAGCUCCAUUAGCUAUCAGGUAUUCAGAUUUCUUAACUGCUUUACCUACCGUUCAACCUACUGCUAAGAGAGAAGGAUUCACAACCGUUCCUGACGUCACUUGGAGUACAGUUGGAGCUUUGCAUAAAAUAAGAAUGGAAUUGCAUAUGUGCAUAGUGCAACCAAUUAAAAAACCAGAAUUGUAUGAAAAAGUUGGUAUUACUGCUCCAGCAGGUGUUUUGAUGUGGGGUCCUCCUGGUUGUGGUAAGACUUUAUUGGCAAAGGCAGUUGCCAACGAAUCAAGGGCAAAUUUCAUAUCUAUCAAGGGACCUGAAUUGUUAAAUAAAUACGUUGGUGAAUCUGAACGGGCAGUCAGACAAGUAUUUCAAAGAGCAAGAGCAUCCAUGCCAUGUAUAAUAUUUUUUGAUGAAUUGGAUGCCUUGGUUCCCAGAAGAGAUACUUCUCUCUCAGAAUCAAGUUCAAGAGUUGUAAAUACCCUUUUAACAGAAUUGGAUGGUCUAAAUGAUAGAAAGGGUGUUUUUGUGAUUGGUGCAACUAAUAGGCCUGAUAUGAUAGAUCCAGCAAUGCUUAGACCGGGACGUCUUGAUAAGACUUUAUAUAUUGAGUUACCAAGCAGCGACGAAAGAGCCGAAAUCUUAAAGACGUUAGUAAGAGCCAACCAUACCCCACUUGAUGCUAACGUUGAUAUGAAAUUGGUUGCCGAAGAUAACAGAUGCCGGAACUUUUCUGGUGCUGACUUGUCAUCUUUAGUUAGAGAGGCUGGUGUGAUUGCUCUUAAGAAAAAGUUCUUUAACAACCAAGCUAUAGAUCAGUUAGAUGCUUCUGGAUACGUUGAUCUGGAAAAUUUUGAGGAUUCAAUUACAGUUACACUAGACGAUUUCCAUGAGGCACUCUCUAGUAUUAGCCCAAGUGUUAGUGAUAGAGAUAGGGCCAGGUAUGAAAGAUUGAAUAAGAAAAUGGGCUGGAGCAUUAUAAAGGAAGAAGAAAAGGCCGAAGAAGCCCCCAAGAAUGAGAGCAAUACCAACAACUGA